AUGAGAGAGAAACAAUGGACAAUAAGAACGUUCAAUUUUGCAACAAACGGUCGACAUUUAGCGAGUCAAGAGUACAGAGCUUGUAUACGAAGAAAUACCGGAUUCUGCACAAUCAGAUAUACUCCUUGUGACAGUAGAUCCUUUAGGAUUGGACCCGGUGGAAUUGGUGCUGAAGAAAUUAGUGCCGAACCAGUACAGAACGACGAGAUGAUGCCAGUGAAUGACCAAAUACAAGAAGAAGAAGGCUCUGGAGCUGAACCACAGAUUAUAGAUCCAACACCUGCACCUAGUAUUAUGAACAGGAUAUGGAGUUUUAUCUGGCCAUCUUGGAUCUGGGGGCAGAGUCGCGCCUGGUCCUGGGGUCGCUGGUCUCCGUACAUCCAGAACUAUGGGGAAGACGUGUUUCCUUACUAUGGCUACGGCAAUUAUGGCAAAGGCCUUAGUGGAUACGGAAGACAGAAGUGCACGGAUCGAGUCACUAUAUCCUGUGAGAACGAAUAUUUUGUUACGGGUUCAGUGUAUACACCUGGAGUCUGCGACCCCCACCACUGCGGGAACAGUUUUUGUCCAGGAGGCUCCCAGGACUGCCACGUGGAGUCAUCAAUAAGUCCCUUCGCGAUCUCCAUGCAUUUUGGACCUCCCACAGUCAAGGAAAACCCCGAGGAUAACAUCGGAAUGUGCCUUAGAUAUAAUCAAAUACCUUGCAAUUCUUGA